AUGACUUCCCAAGGUUUAGGAAGACACGUAGGGCGAGUUCCACAUGGAACUGACUACUUGAAACACGCGGAUACAUUUGUCCACUUUGGACAACCCAUCAGAAGAACUUCCAAGGGAAACUGGGUCUACGUAGGAGGACAGAAUAGCGGAAAAACAGUUGACGCCCCACUAGUACCCUGGGAAGAUAGAAAAGCACCCCUCAGAACCGUCAAUUCCCCUACCCGAACAAGACCCGUUUUAUCACCAAUCGAUAUCCCUAAGGAAGACAUCGAAGAAACCCCAAUCCCUGCAGGUGUACUAACUCCAGUUGACAAAGAAGACCCGGAACCGGUAGCAGGCCCGAGCAACCCGAAACAGCCAGACCCGAACCCCAAUCCGAAUCCACCACCCGACAUAAACAUAUCAGACGAUGAAGACAAAAUGUCCAACAAAGGAAACAAGCCGAGGGACUUCGAUGGAACAAGGUCAAAAUACAGAGAAUGGAUCUACGAAUGCCAUAUGUACAUUCUAGCCAACCCGACCAAGUACGACACGGACAUGAACAAAACACUUAUGGUCCUGUCAUAUAUGAGGAAAGGAACAGCUUCGCUAUUUGCACAAAAAUACUACUUCGACAGAGAACUCCGGGAGUACAAAGCAAUGGAAACCAAAAAGACAUGGGGAACGUUCAAAGACUUCCUGCAAGAAUUAGCCGCCAUAUUCAAGAAUGAAAAUGAGUUCAUCACUGACUACCUCAUGACAGCAGGAGAAAGUGGAUUUGAUCUCAAAUCUACCGUCGAUUAUUUCCACCAAGCCAUACACCCAGAAAUUCUCAAACAAAUUUACAGACUCCCUGACAUGCCGACAACCAUGGAUGAUUGGGUAAAAUACACCCGCAGGUUCGAUAACCAAUGGAGGGAGCUGCAGAGCAUAAAAAGCUCCGUGCCCUCUACCGUCAUUCGACCAAACAAUUCCUUCCACUACAACUCUUCUAACGCUCCAUCAUCCAUGAAUAACUCUGUCGUCCCCAUGGCCGUAGAUACGGGUAGUAGAAUGGUGGGGAACCGCUUGGCUCAGGCCAGCAGUAGGAUGGGAGGAGGAAGAAGCGGCUAUGGCCAAGCGCUCUCGAUAGGAGCUCCAGGCAGUGCUCAGGGAGGUACUAUGGCGCAAGGUAGAAGCAUGGCGACGACUAACCCAUUCUGGGCCAGACUCGCAGCUUGCCAGGCCUAUGCACCCGGACCGGAUGCGCCUGUACGUGAGGAGGAGCCUGAGAUUAGCCGAGAAGAGAUCCAAAGGGUUAUAGGAAAGAUGAGAUGGGACAAACAGGAAGCGCUCCUUCAGGAAUUGAGUGAAGGAAGCAAGCGAAAGGAAUCAGAUUUUUAA